AUGUGGCUCCUGCACACCACUCGUUUUGAACUGAAAGAAUUCCCCGACGCGAGCGGGGUCCCUGGAGGCUACGCGAUACUGUCUCAUACGUGGGGGAACCGCGAGCAAACGUAUCAAGAUAUCCGUGCCAUCGCGGAACAAUGCAAGCUGACUGGCGACAACCCCCGCGACAAGACCUCCUCCAAGAUCCGUAAGUGCUGUGAUAUGGCACUGCAGCACGGUUAUGAGUGGGCAUGGGUCGAUUCGUGUUGCAUUAACAAGACCAGCAGCACAGAGCUUUCCGAAGCUAUCAACUCCAUGUUCAAGUGGUAUUGGCAGGCCGAGGUCUGCUUCGCAUUCCUCGUGGACGUGCCUACCGCUAGCAUAGACGAGCUGAGCGCGGAGGGAUCCCCUUUCCGGAGAAGUCGCUGGCAUAAACGAGGGUGGACACUCCAGGAGCUCAUCGCGCCCGCAGUGGUGAUCUUCGUCUCCCGAACAUGGGAGAGACUCGGAACCAAAGCGGAACUAGCACAGCUCCUAGAAGAGAUCACUCAUGUCCCCCAGAGCAUCCUCACUCGGCAGCGCUACUACUACCAGGCGAGCGUAGCGGAUCGCAUGGUGUGGGCGUCGAAUCGCGUCACCACCAGGGUAGAGGACCAGGGCUAUUGCCUGAUGGGCCUCUUCAAUGUCCGGAUGACGAUCAUCUACGGAGAAGGAUCACACGCAUUCCAGCGGCUCCAGCAGAAAAUCAUGAAGCACGGCUUCGACAUGAGUCUUUUUGCCUGGGGGGCUGGCUGGCUUCGGAAUGCGCCUCUCAGAGACCUUGGGUUGGAGUUUGCGACGCGUCGCGACAUAGAACUGCUCAACGACUACUCCUACCUUCUCGCUCCAUCGCCGGCCAGCUUCAUACACGGGUUCGAGUUCACGCCUCUACAUCCCCACCCAAAGCAGAUUUACCCACCUCCCGUCCUCAAAGAAUGGCAAAAAGCGCGCGCGCGGCCCUUCCAUGGUGUCGAGAUACCCACCGCGGCCGUGGAAAACUAUGGAAUCGUGUGUCGAUUUCCAGUCUUCGAGGCGGGUGGUAUCGUAGUGGCUGUUCUGCUCUGCGAGAACAAAUCGCGUGAACACAUGGGACUCCUUUUGCAGCGGGAUCCAUUGAGCUAUGAUCCAAAGCGACCCCUUCAUUACACCAGCGCCGUCUUCAAUGACACUAGCACUCCAGACCAACAAUUUCCACUAGCGUACCGCCUCGUUUCUCUAGGAGACGACCUCUACAAUCUCCGUUUCAACGGGAAACGGGUGAAGCCGCGCUGGCGCACUCUCUAUGUACAACCCCGACCUGAGGCGCUGUACUCUCCGGAUACCUCCAUUGCGAGACUGCGACUCAACUGCGCUGUCCAACCCGCUUUUCGCAUACCCCAUUGGCUCAUCGCUAACUUCGAUAUGCUGGGCUUCCUGUUGACGCCUGAGACCCCCGAAGACGAGCUUCCUCUUCGACUUCAACUCAGCGGGACAUUGUAUGGCGAGUUCAUUCAUCUUGAUCUCGGGAUAUGUCACACUGGCGAUCACUGGGCUAAGGUCCUCAUCCACCACGACGACGAUACCUCAAAUUGGAAUACGCCUCAUCACAUCCAUGACUGCACCGAACACCACGUUUCAUCGUGGUCCGAAGGGAAGAAGCUGUUCGGUGAUACAGCGACCCGUGGCGUGGAGCUUGCCUUCUCCACUUGCACUCUGGCAUCCGCGACGAACCCAAGAACUCUUGCCGCUCGUAUAGAGCUCAAGGGCUCCGUAUACGCUCAUAUCGAGCAGCAAGCCAGACUACUACGACAUGGUCCGGAACUCCCCCAGAGCAUUCGAACUGUUCCUUCCAUCGCUCCUGCGUCAGUAGCGUCCCAAGCAUCUGCCUCUCUGAGGCCCUCAUGGGCAACAUUCAUCGUGUCCGUAGAGCACGUUGUAUCUUGGCCUAUGCGCUUCGUCCGCCGCCCUUCUGGUAGCAUCUAA